AUCUGGGCUACGUAAUAUUGACUUUUCUGAUUUCUUCUCACGUGAAUGACGAGUAACUUUGCGGGAGAGUUGAAAAAUGAAAAUCGACGCAUGCUAACAAUGGAUGGGAAUAUCAUUGAGCGUACAGACGUGAUGGCCAAUGAGACGGAAGACAAACACUUUACAGCCGAACACAUUUUACAAUUGUGUAAAUUUCUAGCAGAGAAAUCUAAAACGAAUAAGAAUUUACAUAAACAACAACAGACUCCGCCACGUGAAGGGCAUAAUAAUAAUAAUAAUAAUAAUAAUAGUAAUAGCGAUAGUUAUUAUAUACAACAACAACAGCAACAACAACAACAUGAACAACCGGCAGAACAUCAAAGAUACCAACUUCAAUUUCAGCAGCAGCAGCAGCACGAUCACCAGGAGGAGGUUCACGCACCGCAUACAGUAUUAGUAACGGAUUUAAGUAAAGAUUUUUAUCAUGUAUCAGCAAAUACGAACCACACUUGCUGUCGGCCAUUGCAACAGCAUAAGCGUGGCAAACAUGGUGAUAUACUAUUAAAAAUACGUCAUCAAAUAUUUGAACGCAAACGUUUAAGAGAACAACAUUUUGUUAUGCCUUUAGAUAACACCGCUCAGGUUUGGCGGCCCUGGUAAUAUUCAGAAUCGCUAUAACCAACAGUUUCAGAAACUUUGACUUAGCCAUACUUUUAUGAAUCCGUCAAUCAGUUCGUUAAUUAUGGUAUGCGACCCAUUUUGAUUGAUGGAUGAGUUCAUCUGAAACUUUGGAUCGCUUCGCAAACGAUCUCAUCAUAUUGUGAGUUACAGUAGGUAAUCUACUCAAAAUUACCACAAUGUACAGUUAUUUAGCUUCCAUUAUUUAUAAGCAGCAAUAAAGAUAAGUAAGAAAAUUGAUCUUCUUUAGCUUUAGAUCGAAUCUCAAUUAUUCUCUUAAAGCCCUGAGGUAAAUAACAAUUUGUGAAUCGUUUUGAAUAUAUGCUCAUUAUUGUUAGGUUUAAUACUUUUUAGGCAACUUAGUAUGCUAUGAUAACUAUUUUUAGUUUUAUGUUAUCAAAAGUGUAAAGUAGUUUUUGCCGAAUUUUUAGUAAAAUUUAAUUUACGCUAGAAAGAAACAUUUUAUGUGUCGUUAAGUACUACUUUUUCGAUUAUCUAAAUGAAUAUGGAAUUCCCCUAAGGAGGAAAUAAUUGAUUUUUUAUCUGAGUUCAAUCGAGAAAAUCUCGCAUACGAAUCGUGUAGAAUGCAAGCACUGUUGACGCAGACGAUAUAUAGCAUGCAUAGAAAUUAAUCUUGAUCAGAAGCAGCAGGAGGGCAUAUAACUGGGCGGGAUAAUGCGUUUAAGCUGGAGUUUUGCAAUAUGAGAUCGAUGUCCAUCAUAUACAGUGAUGACUUCUGGUCAUUUGCAUCAUUCAUUUUUGACAGCCUGCCUCGGUAAAGAGUCUAAUGCACGCCCUUAAUAGGCGAUCAUGUUAUCGCGUCAAGUACAUAGCAAAAUCGAUCAAGCCUCUAGCAUUGUCACACAUGUUACAUAAAUGAAAUGAAUUUUUAUCGGAUUUCGAUUUUUCUAGAUCGCCAAGUGAACGAGUAAAGAUCAUUUUCCAAGUUGUUCUUGUUCUGAGUCUUUUUACAGCGGUUCGCAAUUUCAAAUAAGCACAGAUGAGAUAGCCUUUGGCGAACUACACUCUAUAGAGAUGUGCAAGCCACAUAUGAAAGCUUGAGAAAAUUGUACGAUUCGAAUUUGCGUUCUUUCAAAAUUUUUACUUCCAUCAAACUAUUUGCGAUGCUAUGCACAUACACCAAGAACAUGUCACAAAAUUAACAGAUCUUCUCUUUGCCCAACAAGACCUGCAAUGUAAUGACUACACUAAGUAACAAACUAAAGACAAACUAUACGCAAUCAGUAAUCCAGUCAUAUCAAGCGUACUUGUCUCAAACGUUUUUUUUUU